GGACGCUGGGCUUAGUUGCCUGGGAACGGCCUAGGGGGCUUGCGGCGGGCUGCACGCAGCCGCGAGGUGCUUGCUGGGGCGGUGCGCGGCGGCGCGGGGGUCUGCGGGAACGCGGCUCAGGCCCAGCAGUUCUCAGCCGAGCCGCCGCCGCCGCCGCCAUUGCCCGCUCUCUCUGAGCGCCGCUCCGCUCGCCCAGCCGGGCCUCCGCCGGCCGCCCGCACCAUGGGCCAGUGCGGCAUCACCUCCUCCAAGACCGUGCUGGUCUUCCUCAACCUCAUCUUCUGGGGGGCAGCGGGCAUUCUCUGCUACGUGGGGGCCUAUGUCUUCAUCACUUACGACGACUAUGACCACUUCUUUGAGGAUGUGUACACGCUCUUCCCUGCUGUGGUGAUCAUAGCUGUAGGAGCCCUGCUCUUCAUCAUUGGCCUCAUCGGCUGCUGUGCCACUAUCCGGGAGAGUCGCUGUGGACUCGCCACGUUUGUCUUCAUCCUGCUCUUGGUUUUUGUCACAGAAGUUGUUGUUGUGGUUUUGGGAUACGUGUACAGAGCAAAGGUGGAGAAUGAGGUUGAUCGAAGCAUUCAGAAAGUGUAUAAGACCUACAAUGGGACCAACUCCGAUGCUGCCAGCCGUGCUAUCGACUAUGUACAGAGACAGCUGCACUGUUGUGGAAUUCAUAACUAUUCAGACUGGGAAAAUACAGAUUGGUUCAAAGAAACCAAAAACCAGAGUGUUCCUCUCAGCUGCUGCAGAGAGACUGCCAAGAGCUGUAACGGCAGCCUGGCCAACCCCUCCGACCUCUACGCCGAGGGAUGUGAGGCUCUGGUUGUGAAGAAGCUACAAGAGAUCCUGAUGCAUGUUAUCUGGGCAGCACUGGCCUUUGCAGCCAUCCAGCUGCUGGGCAUGCUGUGUGCGUGUAUCGUGUUGUGCAGACGGAGUAGAGACCCUGCCUAUGAGCUCCUCAUCACGGGUGGAACCUACGCAUAGCAGACGGCAGGAGUCUAAGCUGAUUUUUAGUAUCCUUGUUCUGAUUUGGAAGGUGAAUCGAGCAGGCCUGUGGCAGUUGGCCCCUGAGUUCAUCUAGUCAAAGCACACGUACACUGGUGUUGGACAGCAGCUUGGCAUUUCUGUACCCACCCGCUUACCCACCCACCUGUGGCUUUCUGACCCUUGUUCUCGCUGACUCCCCAUGCCCUUAAAUCUCAGACCAGUUCGGUAGUGUGGUGGAAGUAAAGGAGGGGGCGGGCCUGCUUCUGUCGCCUCCGGGAGUGGGGAGUGGGACAGUGGUGUCGCCCUGGGCCCUUUUCGUCUUCACAGUGAGAACUCUUGACCAGAGGUGUGGGGGGGAGGGAGGAAGCCAGCUGUCUGGUGCCCCUCAUCAGUGUCCUUUUAAAGAAUAUAUACUGUAGUACAAUAACAUAGCAGUUGUACAAAAUGGCUAACGUAGAUUCUAGAAUCAUACGAUGUAUGUCUUUGUUCAUCUUCAAAAUCAGAGACUGAUCUUUGAAACUAGUGGUUUUUAAUCAAAGCUGGCUUUAUAGGAGGACUAUAACGUAUGCACUACUGUUUUAAAGCAAUUAGUGUGAAUGUGUGAGUUUGUGUGAUUGAACCCAUUCAUCAUCAGUCUUAAACUCAUUAGAGAUAAUGUACCCAUGUAGACUAGCAAAAUAGUAUGUAGAUGUGAUCUCAAUUGUAAAUAGAAAAAUUUAAUUCAAUAAACUCUGUAUCAGCCCUCA